AUGCCAGGCUUCCUGCUACGUGGUCCUCUGGUGAGGCUGUGCCUGGAUCUCACAUGUGUCCUGUCCCUUUUCAACACAGUGUCUUCCUUUAGAGGAGAAGCUGAGAAGGAAAAUGUCAUGAUUUUCCUACCUACAACAGUGUCCAGCCUCAGAGAAGAAGAGAGGAGAGAAAAGGGGAUCGCUUUUCUUGACACUACAGAACUACCUGCAAGGUCAGUUGAUCUGUCUGCACUUAACCUCACAGAGCUGGUGAAUGGGAUGCUGAAUAGAGCUUUAAAAGAUAGCAAGAACUUCUUCUCUUUGUUGAGUGUCACUUCUUACAGUUCGUUCGCCUUCCACAAGUUUUCUGUGGCCAUUUAUAACAUUUCCAACCUGAAGACUGUGGAUCCAGCCAACUUCCCCACGCGGUACUGCUACUGCUUAAGCAACCGGACCAACGACUCAUCAGAUUUCACCGCCCUCCUGGUGGACGUCAUUGGAAAUUCUACCAGCUACCUCACAGAGAUUUUUAAGUCAACUUCCAUCCUCUCAGUUAGUCAAACGAAUGGAUCCGACUGCAUCUUCAUCUGUGUGAUGACAGGAAAGUCAGGACGGAAUCUUUCUGACUUCUGGGAGCUGGUGGAAAAGUCCCCUGUUAUCAAUUACACAUUUACCAGCAACAUAUCUGGCGUUCUGGGUGAGUCUACCAGGGCGUCAGCCCUGACUUCACAGCUCACACCCACAAGCCAGCAAACACUACCAAGGACGAGCCCCCCACGUGGAGCCCAGAGGCCUGGAGUGUCCGCUCUGAGGACCUCUUCUGGGACAGACACAACGCCUCCUUCAGAGGAAGAGCAGACCUUGAACACAAACAUGCUUCCUGAGCCUCCCAGCAGAGCCACACCCAAGGCCACGGCCAGAGCCACAGCCACCCUGGACAUGGCCUCUCCCACCCUCCUGGCCUCCGCUACUAGGAAGGUGGCCAGAACUCCACGGCUGACGGCCCACAGACAGGAACAGGCUUCCACUCUACCCACGCCCUGGGCUCAGGUCACCAGCGAGAAAACUCCUGGAGGGCCUCCCUGGGAGACCCUUCCCUCCUUGCCUACAUCUCCUAAGGCCGAGGAGACUAUGAACACAAGGAGCCUUGCCCAGCCUCCUGCUGGGACAGCAGCCGCAGUUGGCAGCCCGAUCCAGACCAGCUCGGCCUCAGGUCCAUCCACCCCUGGCACACAGACUCCAAGUCCUACCAAAGCUCCAGCCCCCAAAUAUCCGCAGGCAGGUGACCUCCCUGCCGUGUGGACCUUUAUACCUGGUGAAGAGUCAGCCUUGAUCCCAGGAACCCACCAAUUUUCAAGGUGUCCUGAGCCGCUCCCUAAGGAGGAGGCUAUGACCGCUGCUCCCCUCGUGCUGACAGUGCAGAAGCUCAACCCUUGUCUGAUGGAGCUGUGCCGCUUCUUCCAGCAAUGCCUCUGCACGAGCCAGAAGAAGGAGCCCAAGAUGCAGGCUGGGAGGUAUUGUCUUGACUACUAUUCCUGGUUUCUGAAGAAUGCAACAUACAUCUGUCAGAGGGUGAAAAGGAUAUUCCAGUCACACACCUUAAAACAAAAAUGCCUUGAGAACAUCUGCAAGUCUGUUUGA